UUAUAAGUAUCAAACAGACUUCACAACAUGAGUAAUCCUGAAAUGCCGUAUUUCCCACAAGCAAACUACUCUAGAAAUUCAAUACCAAAUACCAACUGGAAUGAUUUCUCGCAUAAAAGCCCACUCAAGCAACAGCAUUUAUUAAACAACAAUGAGGGCACCCCAGAAGCUAAUCGGGGAUUAACACAAUCAACAACAGAUCUUCAUCAAUAUCCGGUUUAUCCUAAUACUCUCAAUUGUAUGGAAGGACGUAAUUCAAAUCAAUCCUUUCAGAAUUCUACACCAUCAUCUGGGUUAUUCACUAUUCCUUCAGGAACUCAAAAUCAGCAACUAAAUUGCUCGGUUCCACAGCUUGUAUCAGCAACUCCACCUGAUUAUGGUAUAAAUGGUCUGCCUGUUACUACCAAUAAUACGAAUUUAGCGUACAUACCCACCACCAGGCCUACAUCAGGUUUUCUUCAUCCGCCUCGGCCGUAUGAAACAAAUCCACAUUUGCAGUCUUUUCCAACCACAAAUACUAUUUCCAAUUCAUCCUUUCAUGCAAGUUCUUACUCGGAUUUUAAUGCAUCUAAUCAAUACAAUCCGUCGGUUUAUAGUCCCCUACAUUCACCUACUAUGGAAAAUAAUCAGGCCUAUACUUCACAAGGUGGUUCUACUUCAGUGUGUGACUACACUGGUUAUUCUCAGCCUUCGAACUUCGAGUAUCGUUCAUCCGUUCCGUUAAAUUCAGGUGGUCACCCCACAUCAGAGUUUACCAAUAUGCAAGCAGUUUCUCAAGUUUAUGGUGAGCAACAACAGCAUUCAUCUCUUAAUCCUCAAUUUGAUAAACCUAGUCCCGUGUUGCCCACAAAUCCAAGAACACUUACUCCUGGACAGAAUGUACUACCUUCCACAACAGCUUAUAAUAUGGACCCAUUUGUUAAAUCGCCUAGUCUCUACCCACCACAUGUCACGAAUGAGGUGCAUGCAAUUUCCAAUUCUGUCGGAUCGUAUGGAAUGACUCCACCAUUACCUCCAGUUCCCAUGAUGACCAAUAAUACAACACAUCAAAGUCACCCGCAACCACCUCUUCCAAGACCUGGAAAUACUCUACAGCCUGUCACACCUCGACAUACAGCUUAUGAACAAUCCGGUGUUUUUCGAACACCAGGAACUGUAGCGUCUGUAUCUGACUGGAACAGUUUAAAAACACCAAUCAACCUUCUUCAAGAACGUUGUUUGUUACCAUCAGAUGGACCUGAUCUACCACCCAAACCUGCAUUGACUACUCCAAUUAAUUGUGAUCAAGACGUGAUGCGAUGUACGUUAACAAAUGUUCCAUCAACUUCAAAACUUUUGACUCAGUGUCGUUUACCUCUUGGUCUUGUUAUGCAUCCGUUUCGAGAUAUGAGUAGUCUACACACUAUUAGUUCAACUACCAUAGUACGUUGUAGGUCUUGUCGUACUUAUAUCAACCCGUUCGUACAGUUUAUGGAUUCCGGUCGACGCUGGAGGUGUAGUGUUUGCUUUCUGGCUAAUACUAUCCCAGAUGAAUUUUACUAUGACCCUGGAACUCAAACUUAUGGUGACCCUUCUAGAAGACCCGAAAUUCGUUCUGCUACUGUAGAAUUUAUUGCGCCUUCAGAAUAUACAGUUCGUCCUCCUCAACCGGCUACUUACCUUUUCUGUUUUGAUGUCAGUCAUAAUGCAAUUGCUACUGGUUAUUUACAGCUUGCCUGUAAACGUUUAGAAGCGUUGAUUGAUCGGAUCCCAGGUGACUGCAGACGUCAAAUAGCCUUUAUGACCUUUAAUUCUAGUGUUCACUAUUACAAACUUUGCGGGGAAACUAUGAGAAUGCUAAUUUGUCCUGAUUUAGAGGAAAUAUUUCUACCUGAUGAUGAAGGUUUGAUUAAUAGAGUUGAAGAUUCGGCUGAUUCACUACGCGAUUUUCUUCUGCAUUUACCUGAAAAUUUUAUUGGUACAAAUGAUACAGGAAAUUGUCUCGGAUCUGCUUUACAGGCUGCUCUGAAGCUGAUUGGUGCAGUAGGUGGUCGGAUAACCGUAUUCACUACUUGUCUACCAACAGUUGGUUCAGGUGCUCUCAGUUUGCGAGAAGAACCAUGUGAUCGGAGUUCAGUCGACGUGAAGCACUUGGGCCCAUCAACUGACUUCUAUAAAACAUAUGCUUUGGAUUGUUCACAUAAACAGGAUUUUCCAUCUCCCCAUUCCCGUAUUUUUUCAAGAAUCACCUCAUAAAACAGUAAAACACGCUAGAUUCGCAGCUAGUAACUAAAAUAUGAACGUACCGUUUUAUUUGUGACACGAAGCUUUGGUACGACCAUGUCUUCCACUGCAGUUCUGUAAUUGUGCCACAUAUUGGAUGAUGGAAUCAGGGAAUUGCGGUUGACGGUCCUAGCAACAAAACGAAUGAAACGUAACAUUGCAGCAACAAACGAUCCAAGUUCUUUCUUCAGCAGUUUCACUUGGAGGCUGAGCAGAGUUGUACAUGUCACAUAGUCCGUUGGCGUGAGCAUUUUCGUCUAUAUUGUUAUCUCUCUGUAAUUGAAUUCUUCCGAAUUUGUGAAAACAAAUCAUCUUCAUGGCAGCGUUGCAUCCAAAUCCACGUUCGUUCGAUAGUCCGUAAUAUUUGUCAAUUGGAUUCCUGGUAUUUCUUCAUCCAUAAAAGUGGGGGGCUUAGAUAUGAAGCUCAUUUGUCAAGGAUAACGUCAACAGUGUUUGAGGCAUCUUUCUGAUGCUUAUGGAAAUGAAAAUCACGAACUGCUUAAUGGCACCAUGUUUCCCUUUCCUAAUUUCUGAUAUUGAUCGGAACGCUCGAAGCAAUGCAUCUAGUACUUUGUAGGAGUUGAUAUGUUUAUUUUCAAUUCUCAAUAUUGUGACAUUGCCACAAUAUCUGGAGCUAGUCGAUAUUCAAGUGGAACAGUUCAUCAUUAUCCAGACUUUUAUUAUACACCAGAUGAGGAUGAACAUAUAUUUCACACUGAUGGUAAAACUAAUGUUACGUCAGAUGAUUGUAAUAAACAACAAAAAAAUGUAUGUGUUGGAGUGGAACAAUUUCGUCGAGAUUUCGACCGGUAUUUAACCAGAAAACUAGGCUUUGAAGCUGUUAUGCGUAUUCGAUGUACUCAAGGUUUAGCUAUUCAGACUUUCCAUGGUUCGUGUUUUGUACGUUCUACGGACUUGAUUGCUUUACCAAAUGUGAGCCCUGAUUCUGGUUAUGCUGUCCAGUUAGAUUUAUCUGAAAGCUUAGAAAAAUGUGCUACAGUCUGUUGCCAAGUUAGUUAAUUAUUUAAAACUUAUUUCGAAUAAUUUUUCAUUAUUUGCCCGCUACUUUUCCACUAUUGACCUGGAUUCUUUUCUGAUUUCUGUAUUUUUAACCGUGUCCCUGAAACCGCUAAAUUAAAAUUCUGGUGCAGAUCAGUAUGGUGUUGAAUGCAAUAGAAUUGGCGGAUGGAUCACUUCCUUACAAAUCAGCUAAACUCACAAAAUACAGACCACACAUUGGUGAAUUUUUCUCGCUAACAACUAAUGAUAUUAGUUAAGAUCACUAGCGAUUCUACUAAUAGAAAAAACGGUUAUUACAUAAUCACUUUUUCGAUGAAAACAUUUAUCAGAGCAAUAUUAUUAUUAUUAUUAUUAUUAUUAUAUUAUUUGAACACAUAAAUAUUGUUACAAAGGGGCACUGAAUACAUAUGCGCCACACAAGUCACUUGAUUUGUGUGUGGGCUGUGAUACUGUCCGUGUGCCCAGACAGAAGCAGGUGGUUUUCUUAGGGAGUCACACCCGGAGCCUUCAGCCUAAAGGUUUAAUCCAUAAGACAGUGGAACAACACCAAGAGAUGCAGCCCCAUGGCAGCCGGUUACCAAUAAUUGGUUCAUACACCAUUUUUCUCCCUCAGAAUCCUGGAGACCGUGUACACCAUUGGUUAGGAAUCAGGAUUUUCCAACUCCCGUAGGUGGACCAUCCGUGUUCACUAACCCGGUUAAAACGCCGGACAUUCGCUUUUCGUCAUCUCAAUUUCAUAAACACCCCUCCGCGAAAGGCAUUGACUAGAACUUCCUUGGCAGUGGUUAUGUGAGAGUAUUUCGAGAAAGAGAGCUUACUCUCCCCACCCUCGGUCGUACCAGGGCGUCACUGCAAUAUAAGAUUUAUCACCAAUCAUAAACUGUCAACGAUAUACUAUGCUGUUGAAAUCGACGAUUUUAUUGAAAGUCAUUCAGGGCGGUUGUCUUAACAGAUAACUCUGUUUUUUGGGCCAAAAUGUGUUAGUUUCUAGUGUCAGCGUAAACACCAGUGACUGUCAGAGUACAAGUCCAUACUUAACUGUUAAAUCUCAAAUACUGUGAAAAACACGUCUUUGUUCUCACUGCCAAACUUAGUAAUAAUAGAUUUUGUCAAAACUUGUCCCAAAAGAGCUUGAUUAUUUUGAACUCAUAGCACUAAAAGACGUUGCUAAACCAGCGAUCAAAAUUGUUUGAUGGAUAAAGGUAAUACAAUGGGUUAACUCUCAAGUAAAAAAAUACAUGGAAAUAAGAAGCUCAGUUGACUUUUGAUUCCAUUUAUGUACAGUACAGUUUCAUCGACACAUUCAAAAUUUCUUUCAAUAAUGGUACUUCAUUUUAGUGUUUAUUAUUUAGCCUCAUAUGAUAGGACCAUCGAAUGGUUAAUGCUGAGGUUCAGCAUAUGAUCCUAGAUAAAAGAAAAACACUAACCGAUUGAUGAGGCUAUAAGUUUUCAUUGACUGAGGUGAUAGAACAUGUUUUUUUGGCUAGCCACAGACUGUCCCGAUGUACAAUACUGCCUGGUGUAGAAAUGAGUUGAAUAAUGCUAAAAAUCUUAUUACAAUUAUGUUUUGGUAUCUUGUACUAAUGAUAUUAAGAAGUAUGAUUGUGUCGCCAACUUGAAGAUCGAUUGUUUUGUUAUGAUUAUUCCUUAUGGUUUGUUUACUGAAAAACAAAUUUUGAUUGUGUUGUAAUUCAUAGAAGUCUCAAUUUAUAAAAUUUGAUAUCAUAGUGUAUGUCAACGACUUUCUUCAUUAAUUAGUCUGACUUAGUUUUUUGACUAUAUAUGGUGAUAGAGAAGUUCAUUUUUGUCAGUCUUGUUCAUUGUCGCUGUGUAUACGUAUUUACUUUUAUUUAUUUUAAUACCUAAUCUUUGUCUGGUCGUAUGUUGCAUCACUCAUUUUUAUUGGUUUUUCACUGCCCCUUACCAUUUUGUGGAAUAAGUUAUUCUGUAUAUUAUUCACAUUAGUGUUGAAACUAUUUGUUAAUUUUCUUUUAUAUUGAAAGACUUGUUUCAAAUGUUUACUUUGAUACUUGUUAAGAAUGCCAUUCUAUGUUUACUACAUAUAUGAAUCACAUGAUGAGAUGACGUGGUAUUUUCUUUUUAUCUACUUGUCGGUAAAAUUCACCAUUGGUGUUACAGCAAACAAUUUUUAUGCGAAGUUAAAAUAUAAAAGUAUAUUAUUAUUGGUGUCAACUACUUAUUGGUUGUGCUGUAAAUUUAUCACUUCAUACUGAACUAAUAAACUCCCAUAAUUACACAAAUCCCAAUUAUUUGAGACCAAUUCUUUAGUUUACAUCUUUUUCAAAUAUUUAGACAAUAAUAAUAUAUUUACGGUAUAGUUUAUGAAUUUGCUAGGUUUUAAUCAAAUGUAAACUUGGAUUUCUUCUGGGAAAUAACUGCUUGAAUUAAUAUGAAAUUUUUAGUUCAGUAAUCUUGAUUUCAUUUUAGUAUCCACUAAACUAUACUGUAAUCUAAACAUUAGUGUGGUAUAUCAUUUUGACUCGUUAUCAUUAAAUGUUAUGUUUUAUUGUAUAACCACUUACUGAAAUACUAUAUAUAAAAUAAUGUCUAUUUGAUUGAUAACAGUUUUGGCUGAAACUCGUAAAAUGUAAUCUUAAUUUUAUUUAAUCGGAACUCAAUAAAAAAAUUACACGUAUUUAAACGUGCUCGAAAUUAUAUUUUUAUUUCUUUCUAAGAUGAUUUAGUGUUGUUAGAUUUGUCUAAAUUAUAGAUAAGUAUGGAAAUAAUAAAGUAUUUAUAUAAACCCAUACUAUUAUUUGCUUUUCAUAGGCUGCUGUAUUAUAUACGUCAUCGAAAGGUGAUCGUCGCAUUCGUGUACAUACUUUGUGCUUACCAGUUGUACACACAGCAACUGAAGUAUUUCAAGGAGCAGAUCAAGGUGCAAUAGCUUGUCUUCUAAGUAAAAUGGCUGUUGAUCGAACGAUAUCUUCUGGUCUUUCAAACGCUAGAGAAGCUUUAGCGAAUGCUGUAGCAGAUGCUUUAUCAGCAUAUGCUACCACUUCUGGUAUUACACUUAAUAGUAACUCAACAGCUUACGGUCUACCUUGUCCACCGAAUCUACGACUGCUUCCUUUGUAUAUUUGUGGUUUGCUUCGUUUUAAAGCUUUCAGAGUUGGAGUAACAACACGUUUAGAUGAUAGAUCAGCUGCUCUAGAGCGAAUUAAAACUGCUCCUCCUACUGAUUUAUUAACUUUAAUAUAUCCAAAGUUAUAUGCUGUACAUCGUUUCGUUUCAAAACCUUUGUCUUCUCAUACAACCCUUGCACAAAAAGCUGCUAGUCUUCGUCUAGUUGAUCAUGAUGACGACCAACGUCCUUCUGAUUGUGACGGAACAUCUUCUUCAAAUGGAAGUGAAAGUAAUUCAGAAGCUGACCAAUUACCAUGUCAAUUACACUUGUCCGCUCAAUAUAUUACACGAUCUGGUGUAUUUUUAUUGGAUACUGGUGAACUUUUAUUACUAUUAGUUGGCUGUGGUGAAGAUGUUUCUCCAGGAUCAAACAAUGAUUCUGACAUUUUACGUCAACUUCUUGGUAUUUCAUCACCACGUCAACUUCCUGCACAAGGUGGUCCUUUCAUAUUACCACCCAUUAAUUUAUCUAAUGAAAAACAAAAUACAAUUACUAAUGAUAAUACUUCUAUUCCAAUUGGUCGUCGUAGGUUAUCUGCUCUAAUAAACCUGAUUCGAAGACGUCGACCAAUUAAUAAUGCUUUAGUUCUUAUGCGUCAUGAUUCAUCGUCAAAUCUUAGAUCACUUUUCUUAUCUUGUAUGGUUGAAGAUAAAACAGAAUCAGCUCCAUCGUAUCAGGAAUUCCUUCAAAUGAUUCAGAAUUUAGUCAGAACAUAAUUUUUGAAGUGUGUUUAUGUUAUUAUACUUUCUUUUCUUGUGAUAAUAUACCUUCAAGGUUUGAUGAUGAUUAUGUAAAAAGGGAACGAAGUUGUUCAUCUCUUUUUUUUGGUGCCUUUAUAGUUCAAACAGUGGUGAUAAAUUAAUCGGCUUAUGCCUGAAUAUAGUGUAUUUUCUUCUUUUCAGUGUAUCCUUUUUUUAAAGAAAAAAGAGAACAAAUUUUGUAAUCAGAUUGAUCAAUUUUAAAAAUGAUAUUAAUAUCACUAUGAUCCAUCAUUAACAAUUUGACUGUUUUACAAAAUUUGUUGAUUGCUUCACAUUUAUUUACCCCCUUUUUAUCUCUCUCGGUUUUUCUGUGCUUUUUGUUAUUUCAAAAAUGUGAAUAAUUAUUAAUAGUUCGAACCAAUUAAUUAUGCUAACAGAACGAGAGCAUUAUAUUUAGGAGUAAUUUAUAAUCAAUGAAUUAUUUAUCUGUCUAACUAAUCGAUCAAUUAUUACUAUCCAAAGUUUUCUUUACUAAUAAUAUUUUUACUAAAAAAAGAUUGGUUGUUUUUUUUUCUUCUUUACUACCAGCAUACUUCAUGAAGUUGAAGUGGAUUUUUUGUUUCUCUUAAACAUUUCCUUCUUGAACUAAUUUUUGUUUUAACUUUCUAUAGUGUUAUGAUUUAACAUCUUUAUUUUAAUUGUUUCUCUUGGAACUCUAUAAAGAUCCACUUAUUGUAUUAUGGUGUAAUAAUUUAAUACAUGUGUUUUGUGCUAAUGGUUUGAUUCAGUUCUGUUAAACUGUGAAAGCGCACAUACAUAACUAUUCGUUAUAUACAUGUUGUUUGUUCAUUUCUCCUGUGUAUUUUACUGAGUGAAUACUUAAAUUUUAAGGAUAAAUUUGUUGAUUGUCAUAGAAUACAAUUAGUUCGCAGAUGAAAACCGGGAAGUUUCUAUCAAAAGUCAAUGGUUGUUGUUACGUUUCGUUCUGAUUAAUCGUCCAGAACCUACUCAUGUGUCAAACAGAAUAGGCUACUAAGGGGUGUAAGCAAAACAUAUGUCGGCCAUCCAACUUGACGAUAGUUUAUAGCUUUAUGAAUUAACUUGUCACAUUUAUUUGGUAACUGAUGCCAAAUCAAUGUCACUAUUGAAAACCUUCGGAUCCAUGCAUGGAUCCAAUAAAGUUUACUGAUUACAAAACUGAACAGAAGACAUUCGUUUUUCAAAGGUAAAAAUAAUCGACAGAAUUUCAUGUUUUCUCUGAAAUUUUAAAUUUUAAAAGAACGACUGAACUAGCUAGUAUCAGUCUUUAAAUAGUAGAGUAUAACAACUAUAAAAAAGAUAUUUCACCUUAAAAUGAUCACCUGAUUAAACGUACUAAUUCAAGUUCAAGGUCGAACUGAGGAGAUUUACGAUACAUUUUUCUGUUAAGUGAAAAUUUUUCCACUAAAAUGCCUCCCAGAAUACUUGCUCGGUUAGUGCUAUUGUACCGUAGUAUAUAGUUUUGGUAAGACGUCAUAAAUUGUUAAUAUGUCAUUCUUGUCGAGCUCGAAAACCGACAUCUAUAAGCAAAGGCUGAUGGUCGCCAGCAAUGGAAUCGAAGACGUGCGUUCCGACAUUACUGGUAUGCCAUACUGACAAGUGCCAGAUAGGACGAAACCUAGGCCCGGUUUUUCUGCCAAUUGUCCUUAACCGUUGAAUAUUGAAAAAAUGAAUUACCUACUACAAAACGAUGCUUUUCAACUUAAGUAAUAUGCAGUAGGAGUGGAUAUGAUUUGUCAAUAUACGUCUCAACUACUCUUGAGGGAAAAUAAAAUCCCCAGUAAAACUCACUAUGAUCAGCUAUAUUAAUUUACAUAGACAUGGAAAUUAUUUCGGUUGAAAUUAACCUCAGAUCGAAACAGGUUAAAUUAGUUGAUCGGCACGUUAUGCUCAAAAAAUAUAAGGGACAUAUAUCUACUUUUUUGUUUUUCUGAAGACGAAUUAAUUUAAUAUGAUUGAUUUAAUUCUACAAUCUUUGAAUUUUCAGCUCUGAAAUUCGUCUUUUUUUCAUUUGCCUUGAUUGUUUAAAUUAAUAGAACAGUGGUUUAUUCAUAAAAUCAUCCUGUC